CUGACGGUGAGCGGUUUUCGUAGCACAUGGGUGCUUACAUUUUCUGAGUUGCAGGAAUCAGACCGCCGCCCAUCGAUCCUGCCACAACUGAAUCAGGAAAACCGUUUCUAUGAGGAACUGAAGCUGAGGGUGCAGGCGUUCAUCUCUGCCAACCCCUCGCCUUCUAUAUCCAAGAAAUCCGCAUCAAUGAAAAACGUGAAAUCUUCACCGUCAGUCGGACUCGCGCCGGCGCCGAUUAACAAGAAGAAAAAAUAGCUAUUCAAAUCCUCAAGAAGAUAUACCGGAUAAUUCAUUAACAUUUACUUUUAGAACAUGAAAAGAUUUUCAAGAUCAGCGACAAAAUGAUAAUGGCCGUGGUGGGCGAACAUGGUGAAACCCAGCAGUUCGUCCAAUACCUCAUGCGAAAUGUCCACUUGUACCAAAUACGGAACAACUACCCGUUGGAUAUUGGGGCUGUGACGCACUUUGCUAGGCGGAAUUUGGCGGAUGCUAUGCGAAGAUCGAGAACAUACAACGGUGCCCUCAUUGCUGGUUACGAUGAGAAAGAGGGGGGGCAGCUAUACUUCCUCGAGGGUCUGGGAGUGAGUCUGCAGUUGCCCUUCGCAGCCAUUGGCCUGGCUGGUCUGCUGAGCUUGGGCGUUCUGAGCCGGCAUCACAAGCCAAACUUAACAGAAGCAGAAGCCUACGAAGUGCUAAAACUGGCAACACAAGAGAUCCAGCAACGAUUUGUCGUGCAGAUGCCCAAGUUCCAGGUGUUCGUGGUCUCCAAAGAUGGCGUCAAACAGCUGCCUAUGUUACAGAUUGGAUGUCAAUAAAUGUUCCG